AAAAUUUUAUUUUCUUAUACUACUAAGCACACAUUUUCAUGGUUAAAUUACCUAGAUUUCCGUUUCACGAUUCGAAUCUACCAAUCUAAAGCCGCUAAAUUCUCAACGGAAAAUAUUUCAAUUUCCACAUGGACAUUUGGCUUUUGUUUACGAUUGAUAAUUUGACAAUUGUUCUGAAAUUUAUGAAGAACCCAUGAGAUAUGGAAGAUAAGUCAUUAAAAGAUCAGCCAGUAGAAAACGCAGAUGUCAACCAGGAUGAGUUAAUUCUUCAACAACAAAGACGUAUAGAAAAGGAGAUAUCUGAAUCUAUAGCUUUAGUCGGUGAAAAAGAACCAUUGAAGAGUUUAGAACAGGAAUAUACAGAAGAUGAAGUAUAUUUGUCAAAAGCAAAAGCUUUGGGACAAAAAUAUUCUUAUAUUAGAAGAACAAGGCCUGAUGGCAAUUGUUUUUUUAGAGCCUUUAGUUAUGCUUAUCUUGAAAAACUAAUUGGGGAUAAAAAUGAAUACAAUAAGUUCAGAGAACUUGCUUUAAAAAGCAAAGAGAAUCUUGUGGCAUUAGGUUUUCCCCAAUUUACUGUUGAAGAUUUCCAUGACACGUUUAUGGAAGUGAUCGACAAAGUAGGUGGAGACACAGAGUCUAGUUAUAUUGAACUACAUAAGCUUUUCAAUGAGCAAGGUUAUUCUGAUUAUGUUGUUGUAUACCUUAGAUUAAUUACAUCUGGUCAGUUACAAAGAGAGGGAGAUUUUUAUCAACAUUUUAUAGAAGGAGAACGAACCAUAACAGAAUUUUGUCAUCAGGAAGUAGAACCAAUGUAUAAAGAAUCUGACCAUAUUCAUAUUAUAGCAAUGAGCACUGCUUUAGGUACUGGUGUUCGAGUUCGUUACAUGGAUCGUGGUGCUGGAACAGAAGUAACUGCACAUGACUUUCCUGAAGGCGCUACGCCAGCAGUUCACUUACUUUAUCGUCCUGGUCAUUAUGAUAUACUUUACCCUUGAUAAAAUUAAGUCUAAAGUCAUCUUUUAAGUUGUUCUUAAGAAAUAUACUUUGUUUAAUGAUUUUUUUCAAUCCAUUUAAAAGAAUAAAAAUAUGAAACUAUUUUUACUGUGAA